GAGGGAGGGAGCCUCCAGGAGCCCGGGCACCGCUCAGCCUGGGGCCCGGCCCGCCGCCGCCAACACCAGAGCGAGGCUGCACGCCGGAGACCAGGCCGGCGCCGCCACCAUGGAGGAGGCAUCUCCUUAUUCUUUACUGGACAUCUGCUUGAAUUUCCUGACCACUCACCUGGAGAAAUUCUGCUUAGCAAGACAUGAUGGAACCUUGUGUCUACAGGAACCUGGAGUAUUCCCUCAGGAGGUGGCUGAUAGACUGCUGCAGACCAUGGCCUUUCAUGGUCUACUGAAUGAUGGAACUGUAGGUAUUUUUAGGGGCAACCAGAUGCGCUUAAAGCGAGCUUGCAUUCGCAAAGCCAAAAUCUCUGCUGUUGCUUUCCGGAAAGCCUUUUGCCAUCACAAGUUAGUAGAACUGGACGCCACGGGGGUGAAUGCUGACAUCACGAUUACAGACAUCAUUAGCGGGCUUGGGAGUAACAAAUGGAUCCAGCAAAAUCUCCAGUGCUUAGUGCUGAACUCAUUGACUCUCUCCCUUGAAGAUCCUUAUGAGCGGUGCUUCAGUCGGCUUUCUGGCCUCCGAGCAUUAAGCAUCACCAACGUUCUCUUUUACAACGAAGACCUGGCUGAAGUGGCUUCCCUGCCAAGAUUGGAGAGCCUGGACAUUUCUAACACCUCAGUCACAGACAUCACUGCUCUGUUGGCAUGUAAAGACCGACUCAAGUCCCUAACCAUGCACCACUUGAAAUGUUUAAAAAUGACAACUACCCAGAUCCUGGAUGUUGUUCGGGAACUAAGACAUCUGAAUCAUCUUGAUAUUUCGGAUGACAAGCAGUUUACAUCAGACAUUGCUCUUCGCUUACUAGAACAAAAGGACAUCCUCCCCAACCUUGUCUCCCUGGAUGUUUCUGGGAGAAAGCAUGUGACAGAUAAAGCUGUUGAAGCCUUUAUACAACAGCGGCCCAGCAUGCAGUUUGUAGGUUUGCUCGCCACUGAUGCUGGUUACUCUGAGUUUCUCACAGGCGAAGGACUUUUGAAGGUAUCUGGAGAAGCCAAUGAAGUUCAAAUUGCAGAAGCGUUGAAGCGGUACAGUGAACGGGCAUUCUUUGUCCGGGAAGCUCUUUUCCACCUUUUUAGCUUGACUCAUGUGAUGGAGAAAACAAAACCAGAAAUUUUAAAGCUUGUGGUUACUGGGAUGAGAAAUCAUCCUAUGAAUUUGCCAGUGCAAUUGGCUGCAAGUGCUUGUGUGUUUAAUUUAACCAAGCAGGAUCUUGCUGCUGGAAUGCCUGUCAGACUCCUGGCAGAUGUGACACAUUUACUGCUCAAAGCCAUGGAACAUUUUCCUAAUCAUCAGCAGUUACAGAAGAAUUGCCUUCUUUCACUUUGCAGUGACCGGAUCCUUCAAGAUGUUCCAUUUAACAGGUUUGAAGCAGCCAAACUUGUCAUGCAGUGGCUUUGCAACCACGAGGAUCAAAACAUGCAAAGGAUGGCAGUUGCUAUCAUUUCCAUUCUGGCUGCUAAGCUCUCUACAGAACAAACAGCACAGCUUGGUGCUGAACUCUUCAUUGUCAGACAACUUCUUCAGAUAGUAAAGCAGAAAACCAAUCAAAAUUCAGUGGACACAACAUUGAAGUUUACUUUGAGUGCUCUUUGGAAUCUUACAGAUGAAUCUCCAACCACUUGCAGACAUUUUAUUGAAAACCAAGGGUUAGAACUCUUCAUGAGGGUUCUAGAGUCUUUUCCAACUGAGUCAUCCAUUCAACAGAAAGUCCUAGGACUUUUGAAUAAUAUAGCAGAAGUUCAAGAAUUACAUUCAGAAUUAAUGUGGAAGGAUUUUAUAGAUCAUAUCAGUAGCCUCCUACACAGUGUCGAAGUGGAAGUCAGUUACUUUGCAGCUGGAAUUAUUGCUCAUCUAAUAUCAAGGGGUGAACAAGCUUGGACUUUAAGUCGUAGCCAGAGGAAUUCUCUUCUGGAUGAUCUGCAUUCAGCUAUUUUGAAAUGGCCAACUCCAGAGUGUGAAAUGGUAGCAUACAGGUCUUUUAAUCCGUUUUUUCCAUUACUUGGCUGUUUCACCACACCAGGAGUCCAGCUAUGGGCAGUUUGGGCCAUGCAGCAUGUCUGCAGCAAGAAUCCCUCAAGAUACUGCAGCAUGCUGAUUGAGGAAGGAGGAUUACAGCAUUUAUAUAGCAUCAAGGAACACAAAGAGACUGAUCCCCAUGUCCAGCAGAUUGCUGUGGCCAUUCUGGACAGCCUGGAGAAACACAUAGUACGCCAUGGGAGACCUCCUCCCUCUAAAAAGCAGUCCCAAACCAGACUAAAUUGAUAGCACUAGCCUAUGAAUCUUUUACAAGAUGUUCUUCUUGGUGUGAAGGAAUGAAAAUCUGAGUUUUCUGCUUAUGAAAGCUAUUCACUGACUAGAUCCUGAAUGUUUCACAGAAAAAAUAUUGGAAAGAAGACCUAUUCAUGGAGAUCAGAAUUUAAAACUGGGAGAAGUUUACCUUUGUGGUAUGAUUUUUAAAAAUGGGGGCAUGCUAGCUAGCUUUCUGGAGCCCACCACUUUUAGCAGUGAGCAGUAACUUGUUCCCCUUUAUUCGUGGAAAGCAAGGAAUACUGCUUCCAAUACAGAUGCUGGGCACUCUCUCGAAGUACUCCAAGCAUCACAGUGUAAAAUAGUACAUCAAUCUGUGUUAUAUUGUUGUGAAAAUGUGAAGUCUUAAAGAAUUGUCUUGUUAAAAUGAACCAUCCAUUUCCUUUCAUUUCAGUCAUUUUUCUUUUGAUUGAAAAAGGCACUGUACAUGGUAUUACCUACUCAGUACAAUUAACCAUAGUAAAUUUUGACACCGCGAGUUAGUUUUUCUGUUCUAAAAUAAAUGUAUCUUAAUAUUUUCAUAUUGACGGAUGUCUACAUUUCACUGCCAAAAAACAAUAGAGCUGAAUUUGAUGAAUAAUGUUAAAUGUAAAUGACUCAGAUUGCAUAAAAGGAAAUAUUUUUUGAUGGGUUCUUUUCUAAAUAAUUGCCUUUACUUUAGGAUACCUGUUAAAAAGUGUUAUAGGUACCAUACAACUAUAUGGUAAAGAAUAGUUACCAUUAUAUCAGUUUUGACAAUUGGCGUAAGCAAGUUACCUAAAAACUUAAUUUUCAUUUUAAAAUUUAGCUUAUAAGUAAGUUUAAUCAGUAAUAUCAGAUGACUAUAUUUUUCGUAAAUAGCCAAAAUGUUUUCAA